AUGAACGACAUCGUCAAACCACGAUGCGGCGUCGCUGAUAUCAUCAACGGAACAACCUCCAUGAAUUCCGGCAAGUUCAAGGACCCAAAUCUCCAUACUGUCGCACACUACGCAUUCUUCCCCGGCAAGCCCCGUUGGCCGGCGGGAACAAAAACCCUAACCUACGCAUUCGAUCCAAACGAGAAUCUCGACAACGCAACGAAACAAGUAUUCGCAAACGCGUUUAACCAAUGGUCGAAAGUAACAACAAUAACCUUCACCGAAACAACGUUCUAUCGAGGCGCUGAUAUUAAAAUAGGAUUCUACAGUGGUGAUCACGGAGACGGAGAACCAUUCGACGGAGUUUUAGGUACGUUAGCACACGCGUUUUCACCGACUGACGGAAGGUUCCACCUAGAUAAAGCGGAGGACUGGGUGGUUAACGGAGACAUAACGAAGUCGUCUUUGUCUAACGCUAUUGAUUUGGAAUCUGUUGCAGUUCAUGAAAUAGGUCAUGUUUUAGGAUUAGGGCAUUCGUCUGUUGAAGAGGCUAUUAUGUAUCCUACGAUAAGUUCGGGAACGAAGAAAGUUGAACUUGAGGAGGAUGAUAUUAAAGGGAUUCAAGAGCUUUAUGGUUCUAAUCCGAAUUUUAAUGGGACAACUACUGGUACUACUUCGAGGGGUAGAGAUUCUAGUUAUGGUGGUCGAAGACACGUGGCGUCGUUAUUUUUGUCUUUGUUGUUUGUUGGGUUUGGAUGUUUGAGUUUGUAG